UGUGUGGCCAUGUUGAACUUUACGGCGCUCGUGGUUGUGCUCAUCACACUCUCCCAGGCUGUCAACCUCUCCCUCUCCCUCGACGCUCAAGACGGCGUCCGCCAACAAGCACAGCGGUCGGCGCGGCCGCGGGGCCUGCAAGUGGAGGGUCGGGCGCCGCCUUUGAGCGCGCCGCCCGACAUUCCGCGCAUGAUUGUCGUGUCCGGCAAACCCAUUGGCCACCGCGACGCCGCCCCUGGAGCCAGCGCCGGUCACGUCCGCCGGGGGAAGCGCAAAGUGAUCUCCCGGGGCGGCUACUACAUCAUAAGGAGCAGCUCGGGGAGCUCGCCCUGGAGCUCCACCAGCUACGACUCGGGCGCCGGCUACCACAACAGCCGCUACCAGGGCUACGGCUACAACACGCGCGGCCCCAUCGGCGACGGGGGGACCAGGACGUACUCCUUCCCCUCGGACGACGGGCAGAAGCGGCGCCACAACCGACGGGCCACGAGGAAGCGGCUCAACAAGUCGUUCAAGCGCGAGAUCGCCCGCUACGCCAUCAUGUACGGCGCCGAGCAGACCGCCAAGCACUACGAGCCCAGCAUCGGGCGGAGGCUCAAGAACCACGUGAUCGCCAAGUUCGUCGAGAGACACCGCGACAGUUUCCAGAACCUCAAGAAAAGGAAGAAAAAGAACAGGAAAACAAAAGAGACAAAGGAAGACAACAACUAAGAAUCCAGAGGAAAUAUCAUUUUGUUGGUAUCCGCAUUAGCAUUUUUCAUUCCAGUGAAUGAAUUCCGAGUAAAACAUUCUUCAAAAGGAAGUAUUUGCUCGAAGUACAGCGACUUUAUACGAGUCAUUUGCCUAUCUAUUCAGGACUUGCUUGCUCACCUAGGUUUAGUCUCCCAUCUAGAUUCACGCCCACGCCCACUUACAACAUAUAGAGAGGUUAGCGGACCGGGGAAAUACUGCAUGAAGGGCUCCCCGGUUGGCUCUCCGCAAAUGGUACCUGUCUUUGACCUGUAUAUCCCAUAUUGGGUUCAUGUUUAUGUAGUAUAUCUAUAUCUUGUCUAUUUUUUAUUUUGUCCUUGUAGAUUUUGUGAAUAAAGGA